AUGUUACAGGUCAUCAAAGCCUGCCAGUCUUUGACUUCUCGCGGCUACCUCAAGACCCGUUUCUCGUGGCAGUACUACUACUACACCCUCACCCCCGAGGGUCUUGACUACCUCCGUGAAUGGCUUCAUCUCCCAGCUGAAAUUGUGCCAGCUACGCACAUCAAGCAGCAGCGCUCGCACGCUCCCCCACGUGGCAUGAUGGGCGGCGAGGAGCGUGAGAGACGUCCUGGUGGCCGUGGUGGUCCUCGUGGUGAGCGUGGUGACCGUGACGGCGGUUACAGACGCCGUGAGGGUGCUGAGGGCAAAGAGGGUGGUGCCCCUGGUGACUUUAACCCAUCUUUCCGCGGUGGAUUCGGCCGUGGACGCGGUGGCCCAGCUCCAUCUUCUUAA